CCCCAAAAAAAAAAAAAAAAACCAAAAAACCAAACCAACAACCAACAGCUCUUUUUUUCUGAGGGAGGACUCGAAGGAUUAAAAGGCAGCAACUUCUGAGGCGAUUUGUCCCCUGAGUUAUGGAUGUUGGUGCACUUACUUCAGGCCAGAUCAGAGCUCAGAGGAAUCUAACCAGAAGCAGCAACCACCGUCUCUCCACUUGCCUUUUACCAGGUUUUACCCUUCCAGUAUGUUUCAUUUGAUAAGACAUUUUCCAGCGCCCAGAGUUUCAGUACAAUGUGCAAAUGGAUACUGACAAAUGGUGCCUCAGCCUUUUCCCACCUGCCUUGUUGCUGCUUGCUGCUGCUCUUCUUGGUGUCUUCUGUGCCUGUCACCUGCCAUGACCUCGGCCAGGACAUGCUGUCCCCGGAGGCCACCAACUCCUCUUCUUCAUCAUCCUCCUCCUUCCCCUCGUCCUUCUCCUCUCCUUCCAGUGCGGGGAGACACGUGCGGAGCUACAAUCACCUCCAAGGAGACGUGCGCAAGAGGAAGCUCUACUCUUACAACAAGUACUUUCUCAAGAUCGAGAAGAACGGCAAGGUCAGCGGCACCAAGAAGGAGAACUGCCCGUUCAGCAUAUUGGAGAUAACAUCUGUAGAAAUUGGAGUUGUGGCAGUUAAGUCUAUUAAGAGCAACUACUAUUUAGCCAUGAACAAAAAAGGAAAAGUCUACGGCUCUAAGGAGUUUAAUAGCGACUGCAAACUGAAGGAAAGAAUAGAAGAAAAUGGAUAUAACACAUACGCGUCCUUAAAUUGGAAGCACAAUGGAAGGCAAAUGUUUGUGGCCCUGAAUGGGAGGGGAACCACGAAGAGAGGACAGAAAACAAGAAGGAAAAACACUUCAGCUCACUUUCUUCCUAUGGUAGUCAUGUCAUAGAUGAACAAAGCAUUUUUUUGAUGCAGUUGAACCAAAGGCUGUUAUGUCAAGAAUACUUGGUAAUACUUUUAAAGUGUAGAUGCGGAGAAGUAGCACAGACAUCUGCAUGUUUGAAAUGAGAGCAGGGGAAGCCUUUGAAGGUUUUGUACUUAUUGCUGGCACAUGAAAUACCUUUAUUUAGUUCGUUGUCAUAUCUUAUAAUCAAAAUGAAGCUGGAUCAAAGGGGAUGGAAUUUUUUGCCAGUGUGAACUUUUUUUUUUUUUUUUUUAAUCACUGCAACAGACCUUGAUGGACAUAAGACAAUCUGUUGUGUGAUCUUCAUGGGGAAUGCUAUUUAUGGAAUACUAACUCAUAUCAAAGUCUUUAAUUGCUCAUUCAAGCCUAAUGAUUCAAUGAACAGUUAGACACACAAGCAUUUACUGGAAGCACUUGGGUCAUAUGCACAAAUAAUGACAUUUCUGGAGAAGCCUUGUGGAUGAAUGGAUAGGAUAAGCAAAGUAGUG